AUGGAUUCCCAUCCCAAAUCCCCUCCUCCUCCGCCGGGCAACAUCGUCUUCUUCAGCGUCUCCAAGGACCAGGAUCUCGUCCAUUCCUACAAUGGCGGCGGCCACGACCUCCAGGCGCUCGCCCAGGAUUGGCUCCGCAAUGCCAAGCGCCACCACGUGUGGCAUUCCCACACCGAGGCCGACAAGACGUUCGGCUUCCUGAUGCGCGACGGCUACACCUUCUUCGCCAUCGACGACGACGCCGGCGCCGGCAACGCCGAGAUGCUCGCCUUCCUCGAGCGCCUACGCGAGGCCUACGAGAACGCUCACAGGAAGGGCAAGAUCGACGGAGAGGUGCUCAACUGGGUCCUCCGGGUCGGAUCCGGCGGAAACCCCAGGAACGGGUCCAAGAACGAUGGAACCCUCAAGAUCGAGGCGUUCCCGGGGUCUCCGGGCGGCGUGAUCUCAAUGAGCCGGAGCUUGAGCUCCAGGCUCACGGGGCAGCAGCGCGCGACUAAGUUGUGGUGGCGCCGAGUGAAGAUCGUGGCCGCCGUCGACGUGCUGCUCUGCCUCACGAUGCUCGCGAUCUGGUUAGUGGUCUGCGGAGGUUUUCAAUGCCUUUCUUGA